UAUGGAUAAGAUAGAGAGCGAGGGUUUAAAACUACCAUAACUUCUCCCAGCUCUUCUUCCAAAGUUCUUUGCUUUUGGGAAAUUGAAUUCUUGUAGAGAGAGACAGAGAGAGGGGGGGAGAGAUGGCUACUGCUACACAUUGCUUUGCUCUCCCAUCCAAACUCAAAGCCCUAUCCCUGAGCUGCGUCCCUUCAUCAGUUCAGCCUAAAGCCACUGCGGCAACAUCUCUGAGCUUCAGCUUCAGCGCCUCUCAAAAUGGGUUCCCAAAAGGAUUGUUGUCAAUAAGCCCUGUUGUUAUGAGGCCGCCGGGUCGCCGUGACUCCAUCGUCUGCGAGGCCACUCCGAGUAAGAAGGCGGAUUCGGCUGCGAAGCGAGCUCGCCAGGCGGAGAAGAGGCGCGUCUACAACAAAGCACACAAGUCCGAGAUCAGGACUCGGAUGAAGAAGGUCUUGGAAGCACUGGAUGUCCUCAGGAAAAAACCCAAUGCACAACCUGAAGAAGUGCUUCCAAUUGAGACUCUGAUUGCAGAUGCCUAUUCAGUUAUUGACAAGGCAGUGAAAGUGGGAACGUUGCACAGGAACACAGGAGCAAGGAGGAAGUCUAGGCUUGCAAGAAGAAAGAAGGCAGUUGAAAUUCACCAUGGCUGGUAUAGUCCUUCACCUGUCACUGCCUAGGUUGAUCUUUUCCAUCUUACAUGUCUCUUGAAAGGAGCCGUACUAUGAACCAUUUUUCCAGUUUUCUUAUAAACCGCUGUUGUUAAUGCUCUUAUAUAUGCAAUGUAAUGUUUCCAAUCUAUUUGAUCUAUUUCCCAUUCUUUGCUCUCUA